AACAUGCGAAGUUGAGACAUGGCAAAUCCGAAAAAUGCAUCAUUCGGCUUGGUGCCUUCUACAGCGGUGAGAGCUUUGCCGGCGGAGGACCGGAAGCUGUUUCUAAAGAGCACCAGUCAGGAAUCCUUUGCAGCGAAGCGCCCCAGUGUUGCUCGAAGUUGCUUAAAAUGCUGUAGCCAAUCCCUGGGUGAAAUCCAUGAGAUUGGCCAGAGGCGCACAAAGAAUGCUGGCAUUCCGCUCCCGACUGCCGAACUGCACAAUCGGAACAUGUGCGAGUACACCUUUAGCUACAAGGAAAACCCGUUGCUGGGAGCUAGUAUCAAUCGAGAGCUUGCAGAGUCGUUUAGAGAUGGAAACAGGUCAACCAAGCCUCCACUUCCAGUACCUGUCGGCAGCAGCACAUACUCGCAGGCAUUCGGACAUGUACCAAGUAGACGACAGAUGCGUCACGCGCGCAAGCGGAUGUUUGAGCCACCAGUAGAUCGAAGGGCAGAGGAAUCUUUGUGCUUUGGGUCUACAAAAAGUUCUGAGACAAGGUCGGCCUCUCACCAGGGUCAUGGAAGCCUUCCCUUGGACAUGGUGGAGAGUUCCCCGCACUGGACUGUCAAGGAUACCUUGGGGCCUCGCCUUGGUAGUGGAGAGGCUUUCAGGACGACUUACCAAGUGAGCUACAAGCCGCAGACGGCGCCUGCAGAUUUUUGGAAACCAGUGCUUCGCUCGCAGGUGAAAUUCUCUUGGCUCCCAGAAGAACCGACCUUGGCCUAGGAGCCUAGCUUGAGUUGUGUAGAGAAUGGCCUCUUGAUGGAGUGCAGAAUUGUUGGUACCGUAGGAACUGUGCAACUUGGCACCAAAGCACUGCAGUACCAGAUCUCAGUGAUGGAGGUUCUGCGAAGCAGCCUCUGUCAUUCAGAAUCUUAGAUCGGGCGCGUUUGCCCGAGUCAAUGAGCGACAAAAAAA